GGCGCCCCCCGCCCGCGUGCCGGUCAUGGAGGUGCUGCGGCGCUCCUCGGUCUUCGCCGCCGAGAUCAUGGACGCCUUUGACCGCUCGCCCACCGACAAGGAGCUGGUGGCCCAGGCCAAGGCGCUAGGCCGGGAGUACGUGCACGCGCGGCUUCUGCGCGCCGGCCUCGCCUGGAGCGCGCCGGAGCGUGCGGCGCCGGCCCCCCGCGGCCGCCUGGCCGAGGUGUGCGCCGUGCUGCUGCGCCUGGGGGAUGAGCUGGAGCAGAUCCGGCCCGGUGUGUACCGCAAUGUGGCCGGCCAGCUGCACCUGUCCAUGCAGUCGGAGCCCGUGGUGACAGAUGCAUUCCUGGCUGUGGCAGGCCACAUCUUCUCUGCAGGCAUCACGUGGGGCAAAGUGGUAUCCCUGUACGCAGUGGCUGCAGGACUGGCUGUGGACUGUGUGCGGCAGGCCCAGCCCGCCAUGGUCCACGCCCUGGUGGACUGCCUGGGGGAGUUUGUGCGCAAGACCCUGGCAGCCUGGCUGAGGCGGCGUGGUGGAUGGACUGAUGUCCUCAGGUGCGUGGUCAGCACGGACCCUGGCCUCCGGGCACACUGGCUGGUGGCUGCGCUCUGCAGUUUCGGCCGCUUCCUGAAGGCUGCCUUUUUCAUGCUGUUGCCGGAGAGAUGAGCUGCCCAUCUGGACAGGAGCUGUGGCGUGGCCCCUGGAUCCAGCCCUGGAGGCCAGCAACACCUGGGAGCCUUCUCUCCUC